CACCCACGUGGUUCGAGCGACUUUCGGCUUCCAGCUCCGAGUGCGCCGAGCCAUGAGCGAGCCGCCGGCCGACGUACGCGCCUUCCUGCGGGAGCAUCCGAGCCUGCGGCUGGAGCCCGGCGCCCGCAAGGUGAGGUGCUCUCUGACGGGCCACGAGCUGCCCUGCCGCCUGCCGGAGCUCCAGGUCUACACCCGCGGCAAGAAGUACCGGCGGCUGGUCCGCGCCUCCCCGGCCUUCGACUACGCUGAGUUCGAGCCGCACAUUGUGCCCAGCACCAGGAACCCGCACCAGCUGUUCUGCAAACUCACCCUGCGGCACAUCAACAAGUCCCCGGAGCAUGUCCUGAGGCACACCCAGGGCCGGCGGUACCGGAGGGCGCUGCAGAAAUACGAGGAGUGUCGGAAGCCCGGUGUGGAGGCCGUGCCCGCCUGCCGCCAGCACGGGAGCAGGGGGAGGGCAGACCAGCACGACAGUGACGGGCCGCCCCGCCCUAGAGAAGCCUUCUGGGAGCCCGCGUCCAGCGAUGACGGCGCCGCCCCUAGUGACAGUGACGACAGCAUGACAGACCUGUACCCACCCGAGCUGUUCACCAAAAAGGACCUGGGAGGGACUGAGCACGGGGACAGCACCGACGACCUUCUGACGGGGGAUGAGGACGAGAAGCCGAGACGCCGCAGAGAGAUGGGCCCCGGAGACAGCGAGGCGGUGGGCGCGGGCCGGGAGCAGGUCCUCGAGCGCGGGAAGAAGCAGUCCUGCUCGUUGAAAAAGAAGUCCAAGAGUCAUCACCGCAAACCUAAGAGCUUCAGCUCUUUCAAACAGUCGGGUUAAUGGAAAGUUGCUGGAGAAAACACAUCUGGAGAGCCUUUUGAGAACCCUCCCGGCAUCCAGGCCACGUUCCUCCUCAAGGUGCCUGCCGCGCGUCCUCCUGACUGGUGGGAUGUCCAUCCACUCCUCGUUUGCUGCCCCAGAAGGCCGGGCCGGCGGGGGUGGGGGGGGGUCUCACCCCCACCCCCAGGAAGCAGCAGGGACCCCGGAGGGGGCACCCGAGGAGAGCCCUGGCCAGUCCCCACCUGGCUGGACGACACCAGAGGAUCACACUGUGUACAACAAAUGCCACUAUUUAUUUUGACGUGUCUCCAAAAAUCAAAAUGUUUUCAAACACAACUAAGAUAUAAAAUACAGCAUAAAAUGAGAUUCAUAACUAUCUCCCCCGUAAAGCAAACAAUUUUUCAGAAAUCGUUGUGCCAAAACCAAUUGGUAGAUCCUGUUUUCCUCUCCUCCCCGAGGAGGCGUCGCCCCCCGGCCCGAGCACUAGCCCACGCAGGGCCACGGGAGGCGGGACUGGGGGCCACCACGCCACCUGGCCACCGGGGUCAAUCUCAGUUUUUACAAACCAGAAAGGUCUUCCUAGCAGGGGGCCGAAGAAGACCCGUACCCUGCCAAAGACAGUGUCACGGAGCAACUGCGACCUGGCCGAGAGCGCCAUUCAUCAGGGCCAUCGUGCUGGGGUAACGGGGAGGGGGGUGUAGAUCAAGACGCCCCCUGCCCAGGUUGCGACAGAGUCGGCAAACCCCCUUGGUGUGGGAGCGUCCCAGUGACUGAAGUAGAAAAGCCCUCUGAACUUAUAAAUACUCGGGGAGGAGGGUCACUGGGGGAGGGACUGGGAGCGGCUUGGCUUGAGCCUCUGCAGUGGUGGGGACACAGGCGGGUGCUGGAAAGGUUCUAAGAGCGCUAGUGGGUAAGAGCCGGCCUCCCCCCUUCCCUGGGAAGCUGACCAGGGGCUUUGCUGGGACGGGGCGGGGUUGCUCCCCACCUCACCCUGGCUCUGGCCUGGAAGGUAGACGUGGAUCUGGGUUUAGGACUGGCCCCGGCAGCCCUGGGGAGGCCCUCAGGCUUGCACCCCUAGCUGAGCAAACCGGAGAGAGUGAGGUCGGCUCCAAGGCAAGGCUUGCGAGGGGCCUCCAAGGAGGGCCUCGCUGAGUUCGGCCAGCCUCACCGUGUCGGGUCUGACCGUGACUCGCCGUGGGAGGCGCAGAGGCGCUCACAGCCCCAGCAAGAGAAACGCAGUAUAAGGCAAGUUAGGAAACUUGAAGUACUGGAUCGAGAGCCAAUCGGUAAGGCAUCACAGAUCGUAAGAAGUAAUUUGGGUUGCAUUCAGCAUAGCAAAUAGACAAUCUGAGCAAGCUGCAGCCUCGUGAAGAUGGGGGAGUGGUGGCCGCAUGGCCUGGGGAGCCCCGCGGGGGAGACGAGCGGGCAGCGCUGGCCCGGCUCUGGCUGUGGCCUUGGGGCGGCUCAGCGUGAGGUAACCAGUCUGAGCGCCGGGCUCCGGCCCGGCCCUGCGGUGGCAGCUGCCCCCCCCACCGAGCUGGGCACGCGGGGGGGCCGAGGCCCGCGUGCUGCCGGGCCUGGGGGGCGGGUCCCUGCGGGCUCCGGGCAGCCUCCCCGUGGGCCACCGUCUGCACCUUGAGCCACUACCGCUCCCAGGGCGUCGCCCCAUAAAAACUGCACCAAUCUGAGUCGAGCCCCUGAUGAACACCUUUCACCGUAGACGGCCGCCUUGGCUGCCUCUCUAACACUGCCUUAUUCUUUGGGUCUAGGGUUUCUCUACAUGCUCUCGCUGUCCCUAUAAAGUAUCACAACGCAGGGCAGAAAC